AUGGAUUCCUAUUUCACACGUUAUUACCUAAUCCAGAGCGGCGGGAAUUCCUCAAUUCAGAAUUUAUAUCGACCGCCAGAUAUUAGUCAGCACGGUGGAGGUGUUAAGAGUUUCUUUAGAGGUUUAGUGCGACACGCAAGCCCCGUGGUCUCGGCAGGAGCUACAACCUUAAAACAACAAGCAGUAAAAACUGGUAAGGCAAUACUAUCAGAAAUAGGAAAGGAAGUAGCAUACAAGCCCAUAGCUUCAUUAGAUAAUUCUACUGUUUUAGAAUUUGUGUCGUUAGGUCAUGGCGAUACAUACCGCGAUCUGUCUAGCAUAUAUCUUCGACUAAAAGUACAACUUAUUAAAGCAAAAGAUGGAAGAGAGGAAUUGUUCGAUAAAGCUGCUCCACCAAUUGGCGUUGUCAAUAAUGUUCUGCAUUCGCUGUUCAGACAAUGUACAAUACAGUUAAAUGGUAGGCCAAUAGCGCAAACUGACCACAAUUACCAAUACAGAGCGUAUAUUGAAAAUUUGCUAAAUUAUGGCAAGAAUACCGUCGAAACCCGUUUGGAGUCCGUCGGAUGGUAUCUCGAUGAGAAUGAGAUGGCCAUAGUUGAAAGUGGAAAGCCAUCUGAUUCAAACCAAGGAUAUAGUAGAAGAUCCAAAUUGCUUGCACACAGCAAUGUGGUGGAGUAUAUGGGAAAAGUUCAUGUCUUAAUCUUAAAUCAAGAUAAGUUGCUAAUCAAUGGGGUAAAUUUGCGUGUCAUUUUUUCGCUAGAAAAACCCGAAUUUUACUUACAUUGUAAAGAUGACGUUCAGCCAUCACUAAUCAAAAUUAUAGAGACGACAAUGUACAUGAACCAUGUAACUGUCAAUCCGAACAUCUUCCUUGUGCAUGAAAGUGUUCUCCAAAGAUCUAAUGCAAUAUAUCCAUAUAAACGUGUAGAAGUGAAGACAUAUACUCUACUUGCAAACACAUUUUCACUUUCACUCGAUAAUGUGGUCAUUGGACAAUUACCUAACUUGCUAGUGUUUGGUAUGGUAGACAAUGAGGCAUAUACAGGAAAACGGUCGAAAAAUUCAUACAACUUUAAACACAAUAAUCUGACAAGGUUCAAUUAA